AUGAAAGAUGUCAAUGACGCGCUGCCUCCGGUACUGGGACGAAAAGCGAGGGUCAACAUAACGGAUUGUAUUUUCAAUUAUCUCAACUACGACGAAAGACUUGUUCCGAGAGACAUCAUCGAUUGUAUUCGCAGUUACGAAGAACUUGUUAAUGGGUCUUAUGAACUAAGGUACAAGACAAAUAACUUGCUCCGCCACGCAUCUCUCGAGGAAUUCCGUGGAAACUUAGAGCCAUCCUGCCCGACCUGGUCUAUCCUCUUUAAUGGUAACGAUUUGGAAAAGGCUGCGAAAGACUCCCGGGAUGGAAUCACUACUUUCAGCGUUAUUGCUGCGAUAGUGGCGAACGAUCUCGCAAUUGAAACCGAUGCCUUCAUCCUCACCUGGUUUUGCGCCAAGCUGGACCGCCAUUCUGCAGAGAGAUACCGCCCUCAAGCAAUGAUGGCCAGCCUUGUGUGCCAACUUCUGGAUCAAAUAAUGAAAGAAAACAUUGAACUCAACCUUAGUACCAAAUCAAUCGUACGAAGAUGCGAAAGGGAACAACUGAAACGUCGUGAUAUGGACACCCUUUGCCGAGUAUUUGCUAGACUCAUCAAAAUGCUGCCUGUGGGGAAAAGGGUGUUCUGCAUUCUCGAUGAGGUUACCUUCUGCGAGAAGCCGAACUUGGAGCGUGAUCUAUAUAUGGCGUUGGGAUUACUGAAGCAUCUUUCUGGGACGCAGACGUCGAAGGGGGAUAGAGUUCUUAAACUUAUGCUGACGUCCCAGGCCGAGGUCUCGCAAAUGGUGGCUUUGGGAAUUGUCGAAAUACUACAUUAUGGUCGGUACAGACCAGAGUGGGCCGAUCUCUUUGAACAAGAACCUUGUCAUCGAUUUAAGGGACCGGCCUGGAUGCGAUACCCUUAUCGCUGUGGUCAUCCAGGAUGCGGAUAA